AGCCGGGGGUCAGCAGCUUUUUCAGGUGUACAAAGUAGUGACUGGACAAUUUCAGACAUGCAGUGCUCACCACGGAGUGUUCCAGCACAUCUCUGUUGCUCUGUGAGUAAUCAGACAUGCAAAUAGCCCCACAAGAAUCCAGCUACAUUUGAAGAAGACGUACUUAGAAGCACUGAAAAGUGUAUCAUGGAGUGCAAAGCUGAGGGAAAAGAAAAAUACCAACAUAGUUUGAAUUUAUUGAAUCAAGUUAAGAACAUGAAAGAAUUAGCAGAAAUGAUCGAUGUCGUACUCAUAGCAGAAGGGGAGAAAUUUCCUUGCCACAGGCUGGUCCUGGCUGCAUUUAGUCCUUAUUUCAAAGCUAUGUUCACCUGUGGACUACUCGAAUGUACUCAAAGGGAAGUCAUACUUUAUGACAUCACAGCAGAAAGCGUGUCUGUGAUACUGAAUUACAUGUACAAUGCGGCUUUAGAGAUCAGUAACACCAAUGUGCAGACCGUAGCUAUGGCUGCCUAUUUUAUGCAGAUGGAAGAAAUCUUCAACGUGUGUCAAAAAUAUAUGAUGGACCAUAUGGACGCCUCGAACUGUGUGGGUAUCUAUUAUUUUGCAAAGCAGAUUGGAGCUGAAGAUUUAUCUGAUCAGUCGAAGAAGUAUUUGUAUCAGCACUUUGCUGAGGUGAGCUUACAUGAAGAAAUAUUGGAAAUCGAAGCACACCAAUUUCUGAAGCUUAUUAAAUCGGAUGACCUUAACAUAUCCAGGGAGGAGAGCAUUCUGGACUUAGUCCUGAGAUGGGUAAAUCAUAACCAAGCAUUGCGCACAGAGCAUCUGGUUGAACUUUUGAAGCAAGUCCGGUUGGAACUUAUAAAUCCUUCUUUUUUAAGACAAGCCCUAAAAAGGAACACAAUGCUUCUGUGUGACGCGGAUUGCAUUGACAUAAUUCAGAACGCAUUCAAAGCCAUCAAGACACCCCAGCAGCAUUCUCUGAAUCUUCGUUAUGGCAUGGAGACUACUAGUCUUUUGCUUUGCAUUGGCAACAAUUCUUCAGGCAUCAGGUCAAGACACAGGAACUAUGGGGACGCCAGUUUUUGUUACGAUCCUGCUUCACGAAAGACCUAUUUUGUCUCGUCUCCCAAGUAUGGAGAGGGCUUGGGAACUGUGUGUGCCGGUGUGGUCAUGGAAAACAACACCAUAAUUGUGUCUGGAGAAGCAAGUGCCUCUAAACUCUCUAGACAAAAGAACAAGAAUGUUGAAAUCUAUAGGUAUCACGACAGAGGAAACCAGUUUUGGGAAAAGUUAUGCACCGCUGAAUUUCGAGAGCUCUAUGCUCUGGGCAGUGUCCAUAAUGACCUCUAUGUUAUAGGAGGACAGAUGAAAGUCAAAAACCAGUAUCUCAUUACAAACUGUGUGGAUAAGUACUCUGUAGAACGGGACAGUUGGAGAAGGGUGUGUCCCCUUCCACUGCAGUUGGCAUGCCAUGCCGUAGUAACCGUGAAUAAUAAACUUUACGUGAUUGGAGGCUGGACCCCUCAGAUGGAUCUCCCUGAUGAAGAACCAGAUCGACUAAGCAACAGACUGUGGCAGUAUGACCCUGGCCAAGAUCAAUGGACAGAGCGGGCGCCCAUGAAGUUCUCUAAAUACCGAUUCAGCACAGCAGUAGUCAACAGUGAGAUUUAUGUUUUGGGUGGAAUUGGCUGUGUAGGUCGAGACAAAGGCCAGGUUCGAAAGUGCCUUGAUGUGGUGGAGAUCUAUAACCCUGAUGGGGACUUCUGGAGAGAGGGCCCACCUAUGCCAAGUCCCCUGCUCUCCCUCCGAACCAAUUCCACCAAUGCAGGAGCCGUGGAUGGGAAGCUCUAUGUCUGCGGGGGAUUCCACGGAGCAGAUCGACAUGAGGUUAUCUCCAAAGAAAUACUGGAGCUGGACCCAUGGGAGAACCAAUGGAAUGUUGUAGCCAUCGAUGUCCUCAUGCAUGACAGUUAUGACGUUUGCCUGGUGGCCAGGAUGAACCCCCGAGACCUCAUCCCCCCACCUUCAGAUCUGGUGGAAGAAGGCCAUGAACACUGAGUUAAACACAAGACACCUCUACCCUCCUGUUGUCCGAGAUUGUCAGAGACGCCACUUUGAAUUCCUACCACUCCAGUUUUGACCUCAACUGAAGGCCAUCUCUUCAUGCGGGGAUAUGUAUGUCAUGGAGCACUCUUGACGACUUCAACUCUUUGCUAGUUCUGAUCUUCGUGAGGCAAGAUUUCUGGACACGGAGCACAGAACACAGUAGGGAAAUGACCUGGAUGCCGGGGCUGGCAAAA